UGCAGCUCUCAUUGUUCAAACCGCCUUCUGUGGAAAAAAGAUCUAUGGUGCAGAGUCCCUUCGUCUUCUGGCCGUUGGAAGGCCCCUGGGAACCCGCGAGCUUUGGGAUCGGAUCUCCUGCUUUUGGGUCUGCUUUCAAGAGUGUAGGAGCGCACUCGCAGGAAUCUUGGGGACGAGACAAUCUGCUGACGCUGGAUUGAGUGAAGUUACUUGCACUUAUCUUUGAGGAACUUUCUUUUUUGUGUACUUUCUUGGAUGUGCGCUGUCCCGACUGCCGGUUCACAUGACCACAGCAGUCUGAGGGGCGAGUAGCAGACGGGGCAGAGGUCAGCAGGGGUCAUCGGCAGCACGGCGCUGAAUGUCUCUGACAGCUUCAUGGGCCUGAAGGACCAUCUGGAUGAUGGAACAGGCCACAUCCUCGACCUGGGGCUGGAUCUGGACUACCUCCACGUGAAAGCCGUAGACCGGCAGGUCGGUGCCGAUGCCGGUCCCAGGAUGGACAGGGGUUCGUCAGAUGCUGGCGAGGAUUCAACCCCGUGCCCCAAAAGACCCUCUUCCUCCUCCCAGGGUGACUCAGAGGAGAGCGCUGGGUCUGAUAUCGAGGUGGAGCGCAGCUGCAGCCUCUCGCCCAGAGAUGCCCUGAGUGAAGGAUCAGCCCGAGCUGUCCACCCUCCACUCUGCCGAUCGCCAUGUCUGGAUUUGGAUUCGCCGGGGCCCCCCGACGCGACGCCGGACGAGCCCGAUCCCGUCAACACCCUCAGGGAGUAUCAAACCAAACUGGAGUUCGCUCUGAAGCUGGGCUACACAGAAGACUUGGUCCGACUAGUCUUGAGCAAGCUCGGACCGGACGCACUGAUCAACGACAUUCUCGGGGAGCUGGUGAAACUUGGCAGCAAGUCCGAGAGCGAAGGCAGCACCCAAACCUCAUCCAUGUCCACUACUUCUUCCUUAGCGUCUUCUGGUUCUUCAUCGUCUUCAGCAUGCAGCUUUUCCGAUUCUACAGAUUCACGGCAGUCGGAUUCCCCAUCUCAGGCCCUCCUGGACGAUAAGGAUAACCUGCGGCCCAUAGUUGUGGAUGGAAGUAAUGUAGCCAUGAGCCAUGGCAAUAAGGAGGUGUUCUCUUGCCAAGGAAUUCAGCUUGCGGUGGACUGGUUCCUUGAACGUGGUCACAAAGACAUCACAGUUUUCGUACCUGCCUGGAGGAAAGAGCAGUCUCGACCUGAUGCACUCAUCACAGAUCAAGAGAUUUUGAGACGACUGGAGAAAGACAAGAUUCUUGUUUUCACACCGUCCCGUCGAGUCCAGGGCCGCAGGGUGGUGUGCUACGAUGACCGAUUUAUCGUCAAGCUAGCUUACGAAUCAGAUGGAAUCAUUGUCUCUAACGACAACUACAGGGACUUGGCUGUGGAGAAACCUGAAUGGAAGAAAUUCAUUGACGAAAGGCUUCUGAUGUACUCGUUUGUUAAUGACAAGUUCAUGCCCCCUGAUGAUCCCUUGGGUCGCCACGGCCCAAGUCUCGAGAACUUCCUGAGAAAAAGGCCCAUCAUCCCAGAACACAAGAAGCAGCCUUGUCCUUAUGGGAAAAAGUGCACUUACGGGCACAAGUGUAAGUUCUACCACCCGGAGCGUGGCACACAACCCCAGCGCGCAGUAGCCGAUGAGCUCCGUGCCAGCGCCAAGACCUCUGCCGUCAAAAACACGACUGAAACUAGCCUGGUGAAGAGCCACAGUGUUCCUGGGGGAUCCCGAAACGAUAAAGCCGGCGAGGGAAAGCGUUCGCACCCAAAGAGGCAGUCAGACCCCAGCGUCCGCACCCUGUCUUAUAGUGAUGUGGAGGACAAGCUGAGCUCCAAAACCAAAGCAGACUCCACCAAGAGCAGUGUGACACUGCCCCCUGCACCAGGUGGGCCUCCUUCCUGUCACAGUUACCUGCAAGACCCAAGAGAGCAAACCUCCUGCUCUACCAAAAGUCAUGUAGCACCAGCUUUUCCACAAACGGACCCCUAUCCAACCUGCGAGUCUCCGGAUCACAGUUACUACUCCAUGGUCCGUGCCUACUCAGGUCUUGGUCUGUCUGCACAGCGAAGCCCAGAGCGGCACUUCCACCUACCGGAUGUGGAUCCACGGAUCAGCUCGGUUGCGUCAGAUUGCAGCAGUGAGGGCAGCGCCAGCUCUGACUCGUAUGGCACGGCGGGCCACAGUGAGCGCUCCUGCAUGAGUUCACCCGACUCUGGACUGAUGGACGAUGGGCUCAAGUGCCAUCAUCAUCUCCACCACCACCAGCAGCACCAGUACCAACAUCGCAGGCAGUAUCCGUUGCCUGGGACCUUGCCUCCUGGGACCUUGCCCCCAGGUACUUUGCCUCCACCCCAGCACCACCACCAGGGACGAGUGCUCUCAUCAGCUCCUCCACCGCACCCUGGUUACCACCACCACAGUGUAUCAAGGAUCCACAGUUUGGCACAAGAAGACCAGCCGCCAGACCCCCACUUCAAGCACUCAUUGUCCUACAUGUCCCCGCAAGUCCAACAUCAAACGGUUGCCGCCAGAUCAAGCUGUCCUGGAGACUACCCACCCCUCGCACACCCUCAGAGCUCCCCUCUGGGUCGAGGUUUGGCGUCCACGCGUCUGGACAGCGUGUCUGACUCCAGGCUCUACGACCACUCGCCUCUACCACCCAGGAAGGCUUACUUGGGCCAGGAGCGAAUGACCAGCUGGGAUCCAUACUACCGGCAAACCCCUCAGCCUUGCUAUGAGCACUUCACCUUCCAGAGCCUUCCUGAGAACCGUGAGCAGAUGUGGCGGGCGCCCUGGGGACGUUCUUCUCUUCCCCAUCCUCCUCCUCCUCAUCCCUCUCACAGUCCACAUCCCCAGUCUCACCAACAGCAUCAGGAGCCACCUGCCGUCAGUCGCUACCAGGAAGUGCGCGAGAAGGUGUUCGUAAACCUGUGCAACAUCUUCCCUACAGAGCUGGUGCAGCUGGUCAUGGGCCGGUACCCGCACGUGACCGAUGCCCAACAGUUAGCGGCCGCCAUCUUGGCUGAGAAAGGCCAGUCAGGCUACUGAGGGCCCUCUCGGAAACUGUAAAACUGUUAACCCUAAUUUUACAAUUUUCUAAGGAAUUUGUUUGCAUCUACAUGGAGAUUUGUCCAGGCCACGUACGCAAAGUUUUGCAGUGCUUCCGUUUAGAGGUUUCCAAAGUUCACGUGGGAACCUGUGAACGCGGCCGCAGUGAGGACAAGCCAUCACAGAGUUCGUAGUUGGGGUCUUUGUUCUUUGUUUGACUUUGUUAAGGUCACAAAUUUAUCCAGCAGCGGAACCAGAACCGCUGUAGUAGCAAAUUUGUCUACUUGAGGUGUGAAUGUGUGGCAGUGUGAGUGUGGAAUUAUUUAUUUUGAUCUAUAUAUUUUCUGCAAGUUUUUUGCUUUAUGUUAAUACAUUUGAUAGUUAUGUUCAGGUGAGCAUGUAUUGAUUCACAGGGCACUUUUUUCCAUUGCUGUUUAUCAAAUUCGGUUUGGUAACUUAUGGCAAUCAGGCAAGAUCUGAUGGAAGGCCAGAUUAUUUGUGAUGGACAGAACAAGAAACUGGGGUGACUUAACAUACCAAAAUGAAGGAAUCCACCACAUCAAAUACUCAAAUACACACAAAAAGCGAAGGGCAGGACCCUGUCUGCUUUUUUUUCCCCUUGUCAUUGUCUUAUAGCAAGGAAUUUCAGCCUCCUGCCUUGGCAAGACUCAUAAAUUUUCUAUUCUUUUGCAUUCCUCCAGAUACCAUUAGUCCCGCAUUUCUCUGGCCUCUCACCGUCUUUGUCUUUGUGACGUAAUGCCUAUUCUCACUUGAAAAGUUUGUUUUAUUUUUAAUUUUAAUUUUGUGUCCUUUAAAAUCGAUUUCCCUUCAACCAUUUCCUGUUUGAAUCAUGAAGGUUUGGUUCUGUGGGAAUACGCACGAGUAGUAAGUAUUAUUUUACUUGUAGAGUAGCUGUGUUUAAAUUAUUAUUGUUGUUAUUAUUGUUAUCAUUAUUUGCUGUUUCUUUUUGUUUUAUUUUCGUUAAGCUUUUUUUUGCUGAUGUGUUCGGUUACGAAGAUACGGUAUGUGUGAAUGUGUGGUUGGUUAUGUGCUUGUGUGUGUGUGUGUGUGUGUGUGUGUGUAUGGGGUACUUGGGUUGAAUUUUUUUCUUGUCAGUUUUACAUUGAAUUGUCAGUGUUACGAUUCAACGGCUUUGGAUGUAUAAUAUGAAAAAAGACUUCAGCCUUCAGUGGCCACCCUAAACGACAGCAGGUGUUCUGCUGAAUGCAGGGGUUUGGGGCUGACGGCACUUCUGGCUAACCUCCGGGAAAAUUCCGGGAAACUUCCUGGAUAUAUCUGGGGGAAACUUCAAGGAAACUUCCUGGAUACUUCUGGGAUAUUUCCCGAAAACUUCCGGGGAGCUUCCAGGAAAUUCGGGCGUGGUCCGACUGUAGUCACAGGUGUAGUGUAGUUGAGACAGUUGCCGCCGGCUCUGUGUACCUUAGUUUUAGUAAGGGACGUCUCUGGCUUCACGAAUGGGGUGGAAUUCUUCGUUCUAAUUUUAUCCUUGUAUUUUAGCCGAUUGCGUUUUUCGCAAAACCGUACUUGUACGUUUUUUUCGGAUCUCCCCAUCCAUCCAGGUCUUUGGAAAUCUGUUCCAAAUCUGUUCCUGAAGUCACCCAUGGUAGCCAGAGAAUACCUGUCCUUGUUGAUACAAAUUGUAUCUUUUUUUAACUUAAAAAUCAGAGACAUUUAUAUACAUAUAAUCUAUGGGAAAAAAAUAUAUUCACACACAGUUAUGUACAAUAGGUAGUACUUGUGUAAUUUAAGAGAUAUUUUUGGCAACAUUUUAUCAUUACUUCAAGGAGAACGAUUCCAGUGUUUCUUUUUUUGAGCGACGAAGAGCAUAAAAUGCAUCUUUUAAAAGGAAGGAGGGUAUUAUUAUGAUGACGGAGAUAUCUGAAGUAUUUUAUUUAUUUAUUUUCUUUGGAAGCAAAAUUUUAUUUAUGGUCUAUACCUAGAAUUUUAAAUUUGGUGUGUAAAUUUUAAAUCUUAAUUCUUAGAAUUUUACAAAAUUGUUAGGUGUUUGAAUUUGUAUACUAUUGGUACUAUCCUGGGCUGUUUUCCAAAAAAAAAAAAAAAAACGUAGCAUAACUGGCUCAUGUGCUACGAUCAUUUUGAUUUUUUUUUUUGGAAAACUAAGCAAUGAUGAAAACAAAACACAAAACAAACAAACAGUGUGUAAUUUGAAAUUUGACCACAGAAAAAUGAUCAUAAACACACUUGCUGUUGUAUUACAUAUUCAAAAUAUAAGCAAAUAAGACAUACAGUUUACAAUAUUGAGAAAUACAGCUCUGGAAAAAAAAUAAGAGUCAACUUCAGUUUCUGAAUCAGUUUAUCUGAUUUUGGGUAUAUGUUUGAGUAAAAUGAACAUUGUUGUUUUAUUCUAUAAACUACAGAGAACAUUUCUCCCAAAUUCCAAAUAAAAAUAUUGUCAUUUAGAGCAUUUAUUAGUAGAAAAUGAGAAAUGGCUGAAAUAACAAAAAAGAUGCAGACCUUUCAGACCUCAAAUAAUGCAAAGAAAACAAGUUCAUAUUCAUAAAGAUUUAAGAGUUCAGAAAUCAAUAUUUGGUGGAAUAACCCUGGUUUUUAUUUACAGUUUUCAUGCAUCUCGGCAUGUUCUCCUCCACCAGUCUUACACACUGCUUUUGGAUAACUUUAUGCCACUCCUGGUGCAAAAAUUCAAGCAGUUCAGCUUGGUUUGAUGGCUUGUGAUCAUCCAUCUUCCUCUUAAUUAUAUUCCAGAGGUUUUCAAUUUGGUAAAAUCAAAGAAACUCAUUAUAUUUAAGUGGUCUCAUAUUUUUUUCUUAGAGCUGUAAAAGAAUCUGAUGCAUUUAAGGAGGACUGGACUUAGGAUCCAGGAAAGGCUACACAAUGAAAAAAAAAGAAACAAUAUGGGGGUAAAAUGCUGCCUGAAAUAUGUUUGUUAGGAGCAACUUUUUUUUGUUUUAAGAAGAAAAAAAUAAAAGAAGAGCCUUCCCUCUAGCCAGGUGGCACCAUGUGCCAUCGUUGGCGGUGGCGUGGGUAUAGAGUAAAUGCCUCUACAUGGCAUUGUGCUUAAGACACAUCUGAAUAAUCUGAACCAUGUUCAGCUUACGAGUUUUCAGGGCCGGCUUUAUUGCAGGACGUUCUUAAUACCGACGUAUUUGCAGAAACAAAAACCGGCAUAAUGUCGUUACAUGUGGCGAAAUAAAUGUACAGUUUUUUGUGCAGAUACACUGCUUUAAGAACCCCCUCAUGUAAAGUGGUACCGCUUUUCACAAAUAUAUAUAAAUAUAAAUAGAAAACGAGUUGUUUCUCAUUGUGACGUACCGUGUGUCAAAACCUUUUGACGGACUUGUUGUGCGUAACGUUGCCGUGUUGGUGUCACGCCUUUCUUCUUCUCUCCUUUAGAAGUGUUUCAGCUCGCCUUGUUAAACUGCCUCACAAGUCGUGGUGAAGAAAACUGUACAUAGGCUAACUAUCCAAACCCGCUAUCGCAAAACUAUCGUAUCUUGAUCUAAGGAAUGACUCUUCCAGCUGUACUUCUGCUGAACUCGUUUCCACAGAGCUGAUCUUGGGACUUCUUGGUCACACAUUUCUUGAUUCAUGGUAUAUGUAGGCUUUAUGCUUGAGGACCAAAGUAAGCAGUGAACUAGUUAACGUUAGAUUUUGAAAGGCCCAAUGAUAGUGCAUUUGAUGGUCAAAGCAGAUAGUCUUUUUGAGAUUAUUUUAAGAUAUUUUUGGUUUGUUUUGUUUUUAAACCAGAGGAAAUUAUGUUUGUGGAAGAUAAAUAGUUUUGAAUCAAUAUCAUGUCGACAAAAUGUGUGGUUACACAAGUUACACAAAUUAUUGUUGCUGCAUAUCCUGGAGUUUCCAAAUGUGUAUUUUUAUUGAAACAAAGAUGUCACCAAAUCUUACGAAUGAAAUAAAAAAAUGAGAAAUUU